AUGGUACAAAAUUUCUCUCUCAGACAUUGCAUUCCAUUUUCAAGGUUGUUCCCAAUCAAGCCGGUGCUACGCUCUCUCGGACCACUUGGCAGUUCCCUUUACACGAUCUAUGAUUGUAAAGUUUUCAAGAGACACCUCGAGGGGCUUUCAACGGGCCUAGGAAACCACAUCACGCGGCGGCAGAACAGAAAAUCCGUUAUCUUAAAGCAUCUGCCCUCACCAUCAUCAACACCUAUCUCUAUAGCUGAAAACGCGACGUCCGCUAUUGCCGAUCACGACGAUAUAGCCAAGUCGCUAUCAACACCGCUUUUAGUCUAUUCGGACGGCAGCUUGGUUAAUAAGAAACUCGCUGCAGCUGCUGUAGCACCUUCCAUCGAUAUAACCUCGCAAGCAUGCUUGGACCGAAAAAGUGGCUUCACGGCAAACACAGCCGAGCUUGUAGCAAUCUGGAUGGCCGUUGAUAUUGCCACUCAAGCCAAACACCAAGAGGCUGUAGUUUUCACCGAUAGCCAAGCAGCUCUCCACAUGAUUCGAGAUACGAAAAGAGCUUCAAAGGAUGAUAUCGUCAGACUAGUUACCAGAAGCUUAGCGGAUGCUCAUUCUACGGGGUUAAAUAUCAGGCUGCAGUGGGUGCCCGCACACAAAGGGAUCCUUGGGAAUACUAAAGCAGACAAACUUGCAAAGAAGGCGGCAAAGUCACAGCCGAAAAGCUUGUAA